AUGCCAGCCCAAUCAGUUUGGCCUGUCUCCAAUUCGUCGUCGUCCAGGACGAAGAAUUUCAACAGGAGGGUAUCAGCUACACCCUCCGUGAAGUUCCUCGUCGCAAUUGAUUUUGCUUUAUCACGCUUGACGCCGGUUCUGAUAAAAUCCAUGUCCACAGGAACGACGCUCUCCUAUGUGGCUUAUAUGAACAUCGCAGACCCCAGCAACGAAAACAUCGUCUCAAAGUGGGACAACGUUCAAGAAAAACACGUACCAACUGUCUUGAAGUAUGAUAACGGUGGAACCAGCGGCUUGUUCAAAUGGGGCCACGGGGCAUUAAAGUCGCUUAAGCCCGGCGAAAGGCUUCACGAAUGGUUCAAGUUGGGGUUACAUCGCGAGGUUCAAGAAAAUCUUGCCGCGGAAUCCGACUUCAUCCACAUGUUCCCGAGCUCGACCGCUCUGCCUCCCGUCAAGGGAGACGAUUGUGAGAGACUCGUCAUCCACUACCUCAAAAGUCUCAACACUGCCAUCCACAAGUAUCUCACGGAGAAUCUCUUCCUAGGAGAAAACGUGCCUAUCCAGAAAGAAUACAUCAUGACUAUACCCGCCAUGUGGAGCGACAGCGCAAAACAAACAACAGCAAGGUGUGCCCAGAGAGCACUCAACCUCAUCGGAGACGACGAGCAAAAGCUUCAAGUUAUCGCAGAACCUCAAGCCGCAGGCAUAUACGCACUGACCAACAUGCGCAACACUGGGUUGCGCGAAGGUCACACAUGCAUCAUCUGCGACGCUGGUGGAGGGCUACAUGGUCAUGUCAAGAGAUGGGGUGAGCGGGAAACGCGAUGGUUGAAGUCGGCGGUGAAUAAAUGGUUUGAGCAAGACGUCAAACCUCAUUUCUCUGGUAAAGACGACGAGAAUGCUUACUAUGAAACCUACGGGCUGGGCGAUAAUAUAGGUAUUCCAAAUGAUAUUCUUGAAAUAUCUGGUAAAGAUAUCCGGGAGAAGAUCUUUGAUCCUGUCAUCAGGAGAAUUCAGAUCCUCGUUCGAGACCAAAUCACCGUCACUGUCAACGAGGGUGAGAAAGUGACAGCUGUCUUGCUUGCUGGUGGGUUUGGAAAUAAUGCCUACCUAAGGACCAGUCUUGAAAGCAUCUGUAGAGACAGAUCAGUGGUUGUUCAUGCUAUCCAUGAGAGCGAGCUCGCAAUCGUGAGAGGCGCGUUGAUAUAUGGUCGCGCAAAAGCGUUUAUGCAGAGGCGUGCAGAGGCAAUGGCGUCAGGGUCAAUCAAUGAAGAAACUGAAUAUAAGGACGAACUCGAUCCCGGCAUCAUCAUGUCAGACGUCCCCGCAAUGCGUUCACCCGCGCACGUCGGUGUUGUCCGAUACGAGAAAUAUGACCCCAACAAACACUUGGGCGAUUAUGACCUGUCUACAUUAAAAAGAGACUCAUCUGGUGCCCCGAGGGUCGAAGUGAUGGAAUGGUUCGUCCAUAAGGGGGAUGAAUUGAGAGAAGAUGAACCAAAGACCUAUCCUUUACGUUGGGAGAGGGAAGCCAAAAAUGGUGACGGAGAGCGUCUCGAGAUCAUUAGCAAGGUCUUUUCCUACGAAGGCAAGACACCUCCGAAGUACCCGGACUCGCCCGUUCACCCCAAUCCCGCAACCCUCAAGAUCGUAUUCAAGAAUGGGCUGCCUAAGCAUCCGCGGAACAACCGCUUUUGGUAUGAUGAGAGGUUUGUGGUCAACAUGGUACAAGGCUCAGCCAAAACCAUCUUCUUCCUUGUUCAUGAUGGAAAGAAGCAUGAUAUUCAGGAAGUCAUGUUUUCUAAAUGA